AAUGUCUGAUCAAUUCAGAUAAGAGCUCUUAACCAUUCAGACUCUGUAUAAUACUUAACCAUUCAGAGGCAAAUCUCUUAACCAUUCAGACAUCUGAACCAUUAAGAGGCUGAAACAAACAGUCUGAACCAUUAAGUGCUGAAUCAUUCAGACAUCUGAACCAUUAAGAGGCUGAAACAAACAGCCCCUGAGUGAACUUCACAUUUUUUUAUAUUGGGAUCUGAAAAGCUCUAGAGAGAGGAAGGAAAGCUUAGAAAGCGUCUUCAAUGGCGGUCUCAGUGAAGCGUGGUCGCCUGAGUUUGACUUCCGUGCUGUUUCUCUUGCUCGUCGCCGGCAUUGCCGCCGCCAGAGUGCAGAAAACCGGCUUUUCUGAGUCCAGGAAUGUGGAGGAUGCGAAGUUGCACGAGAGGCCUGACAACUCGACAAUGGCGGUCAGGUUGGGAGAAGUGGAGGAAGCUUUGAGCAAGCAUGCAGUGGAUGACCCAGAAGAGGUUGCCUCCAUGGUUGUAGAGAGCAUCAGAAACAGCACGCAGAGGCGUAAACUGGGAUACUUUUCUUGUGGGACUGGGAACCCCAUUGACGAUUGCUGGCGGUGUGAUCCGAAUUGGCACAAGAACCGCAAGCAACUAGCCCAGUGUGGGAUCGGAUUCGGGCGGAACGCCAUUGGCGGGCGGGAUGGGAGAUACUAUGUGGUCACGGAUUCGGGCAACGAUGACCCGGUGAACCCCAAAGCCGGCACUCUUCGCCAUGCUGUCAUCCAGGAAGAACCCCUCUGGAUUGUGUUCCAGCGUGACAUGGUCAUCACCCUGAAGCAGGAGCUGAUCAUGAACAGCUUCAAGACCAUUGAUGCCCGGGGAGUCAACGUCCACAUUGCGAACGGGGCCUGCAUCACCAUACAGUACAUCACCAACGUCAUCAUCCACGGGCUCCACAUCCACGACUGCAAACCCACGGGGAACGCGAUGGUGAGGAGCUCCCCGACUCACUACGGGUGGAGGACGAUGGCGGACGGGGACGCCAUCUCCAUCUUCGGGUCGAGCCACAUAUGGAUUGACCACAACUCGCUGAGCCACUGCGCGGAUGGGCUGGUGGAUGCCAUAAUGGGCUCGACCGCGAUCACCAUCUCCAACAACCACCUGGCCCACCACAACGAGGUGAUGCUGCUGGGCCACAGCGACUCCUACACCAGGGACAAGCAGAUGCAGGUCACCAUCGCGUUCAACCACUUUGGGGAAGGGCUGAUCCAGAGGAUGCCGAGGUGCAGGCACGGGUACUUCCACGUGGUGAACAACGACUACACGCACUGGGAGAUGUACGCGAUCGGCGGGAGCGCGAACCCCACCAUCAACAGCCAAGGGAACAGGUACCUUGCCCCGGCAAACAGAGAUGCGAAGGAGGUGACGAAGAGGGUGGACACGGCAGAGAGCCAAUGGAAGGACUGGAACUGGAGAUCUGAGGGGGACUUGAUGAGGAACGGGGCAUACUUCACACCCUCCGGGGCGAGCGCUUCUGCCAGCUACGCAAGAGCUUCGAGCUUGGGUGCCAAGUCCUCGUCUAUGGUAGGCGAAAUCACCAAAAGCUCUGGCCCUCUUGGUUGUCGCAGAGGUCGCACCUGCUAGCAAUGGCAAACAGAAAAAGGGUCUGUUUAAUAAUUCUUUUUUUUUCCCUUAUUACCAUCUUAAUUAGCUCUCUCUAUCUCCAUCCAUCCAUUUUACCUGACCAAUACUACUACCAAUACAUCACUACCCUUUCCUUAUUCGUCCGUCCACUGAAACCCAAUUGGCAAGUGUACAUUUUAUGCACUGCCAGUUUCUAAAGUUGCGCAACCUCGGCCCGAUUCUACAGAACCAAGCAUCAUCUAGACAAUCUCGGUUUGUUUGUUUGUUUGUUUGUUUGUUUGUCUGUGGAUGAGGGUGCGGAAGCGUUGUCAUCUACCUCUCACUCACCCAUAUACUACACUCUCACCCAAUAUAUAUAUAUAUAUGAUCUCUCUUUGUUUGGUCUGCUCUCUCUCUCUUUACUAUGAUUGGAUUCUGAUUUCAUACAAACUGGGAAUGGUUUUCUGAGUUUUUCUUUCUUUUUUCAGUUAUUAGCUUUUGGUGAGACUUUGUUGUUGAGUAAUUUGAGUCAGUCCUAUAGGUUCUUCCUUAUAUACAGUGUGAAUGUCAACCGUUUUAUUUGGCAAAGAUAUUGAUCAAUU